AUGGUCGAUCCCGACGCGACUGCUGCGACGCGUAUCGCCCCCCGUCGUCCCGGAUCCGCACCGAUGUGGGCUGACCGGUCACUGGAAUCGAUCACGUCAGGCGCAACCACCACUGGCACCCAGGACGAGGAGAAGACACCGGUCGCGGCGCUCCGCACUCGCUUGGCAGCUAGCAAAUAUGUCGCUACGGGCUCACUGUCGCUGCCCUCUACCAGUCCCAAGACGUCUCCCCGCAUGAGUAGUUCACGCAUCCUUGCGUCGGUGGUAGACAUGGAUGAGCUACCGGUUCCGUCUAGCCUGCCGUCCAGCCCACUUACCCGCCGCAUUUCACCUCCCCACCUCGCUGCGGUUACAGAGGAGGAAGAAGAGACAACCUCCGUUAGGGCCAAGAGUCCAGUUCCAGCACUGUACGCCAAGUCGCUCCAGGACGAGGUCACAUCAUACCGAGAGCUGCUGCAAAAGCUGAAAGGAGACGUGGUGCAACGCGACACGAUCAUCGCCAAGCUCAUGCCAGUACAGGAUGAGAUGCGGGAACUGCGUGCUGCCCUGUUGGAAAGCCGCAACACCAACAAGGAGCUCAAGAUUGAACAGUCGGAACUCAGGGAACAGCUCAGCGACAUGGAGGGCGUCAAUGCCGAGCUGCGCGACGGCAUACAGGUCGCUGCGGAUGAAAAGCACGAGCUCAACCAAAAGCUCGAGGAGACCCAGUACGACCUGCAGGUCGCCCGCGACGACAUGAACGCUUCGGGUAUCCAGUCCUCGGUGUCGGCACGGGAGGGUCCCAUGGAGCUGCGCGCCAAGCUUGAAGAGGCCGAGUACCAGUUGCAAGCGGCUAUCGACGAAAAGGACAUCGCCGUCCACGAGCUGUCACAUGCCGAGAGCAACAUGGUGCUUGAUCUCGAGGACCACAAUGAGAUGCUGAGCAGCAAGGUUACCACUCUGAACGCUUCGAUCGAGGAGAAGAACACCGAGCUUGAGAUGAUGAGGGCAGAGCUGGAAACCACGAGCGUGGAGCUCGAGGCGAAAGACCGCUCAGAAGGCAUUGGAAGAGGAGGCCGCCGUGAGGCGACACCAAAGGUCCUCGGCGAGGCCGACUCCAACCGAUCACCAUUCUACGGCAACGGCAAUGGCGCUGAGAAGAACCACCACGCACACUCGGACCAGCUCAAGAUCAAGGACAUGAAGAUCAAGGCGCUGGAGCGCCAGGUCAAGCGCUUGAACGAGGACCGCGAGCUGCUCUCCGUUGCUGCCAACUCUGCUCAGAUUCAACCGAGCUCGUCAAACGGCGCCUCAGUCAUUACGAGGCAGCGUCACACCAUCGCAGCCCACCCCAGCACCCUCUGGGCGCCGCUAUCCCCUCGGUGUCACCCCUCGCGAUAA